AUGCUUUGGUUGAACUUGGAAGAAGACAACUAUAUUCUGCUCAAAGGAAUCGAAUACACGAUAUGCGUGCUAAUAGUGGUGCAGGGUGUGUAUGCAGUGAUCAACCAUAACCAAGACCACACGGUAUUGUCCCUAUUACUGACAUUGAUGGCAAAUACUGUUUACAUCAGCGUGCAAGUUGGCUAUUUUCAGUUUGUCUUUUGCAUGGUGACCGUGUUGUACGCUGUGGCGCUGAUCAGAACAGUAAUGGCUGUAUACCAACAUUUUCAGCAUAGUCGCAUAAAAACAAUCAGCUCCUUGGCUUCCGACGGUGAUGACGAUGAGGAAAUAUUGCGCCGUGCCGGGUAUGGAACAUUUGCUGACUAUGGAGUCGGUCAAUUUGAAGAAACAACUCUCACCCCACAAUCGUCCAUCAUUGAGCAAGGAACAACCAGAUCCAAUUCUAUCGCUCAAGGUCAAAAUAAUGUGGCAAGCCAUAUAAUAACUCCCCUGAACGGUGUCUCUAUUAUGCGACGAGGCAGCUCCAUGUUGAAUAGUUUAUCCCUCAGAAAUAACCCAAUACUGUCAACCCUUUUGAGUCUCUCCCCAGUUGUUUCCAGAGAAGCUGCAGCAGCCCCGAUACUGAAAACGCUGACAGAUCCAGCUCCUAACGAUGACGAAUUCCAACAACCAUUGGUUGAAAUAGCGUUUGCACUCAUAGUGAUUGCCCAGUUAAUAGACACUUUCCAAGUAAACCAGGACUUGGUUUAUUAUUCAACAAACAAGUCUAUUUUUCAUGCACAAAUUGUACAGCUAGUCAGUGGUAUUCUGGGCUUAUUCCUUCAAUCCAUCAUCUACAUCACAAAUCGGGAUGAUGUGUCAAUGAUAUAUGACCCCAACAACUAUAUUCACCCGGUGUUUUUCCUUGUACCGGUGCUUAACACAAUGUUCAUCCUUUACCAAUUCUCUCAAUACUCAGAUUACAAUAUGUUCAUAGAGGGUCCCGGCAACUAUAUAUACCGGAGAGAUGAGAUGUUGAAUGAGGUAAGUUAUGUUUCUAGUCCCCCUUAUUAA